AUGGAGGAGAACCUGUACGACGAGUUCGGCAAUUACAUCGGACCCGACGUCGAUGAGGAGGAAGACGAAGAGGAGGAUGGAGAGCGCACGGGAUGGGCCGAGGAUGAAGACGAUGAGGAUGCGAUGAAGGAGGAGCCCACUGCGCCAACGGGGCAGGAAUUAAUGUCGCUCGAUAAUCCAUCGGCCACGUCGUCGGUCGUGCUGUACGAAGACAAGAAGUACUACCCGACUGCCGAGGAGGUCUACGGCGACGCCGAGACGCUGGUCCAAGAUGAGGAUACCCAGCCGCUCACCGUGCCCAUCGUGGCGCCCGUCAAGGAAUUCAAAUUCGACAUCGCAGAGAAGCCGGCGACGGGGCUCAAGGCUCGACAAGCCGCGGCCGAGGGGCAGCCACUCGACAUCCCCCCUACCACCUACGGCCUCGAUUACAUGCUGGCCCUGCGCGAGCAUCCGGCGCUGGUGCGAAAUGUGGCGCUGGUCGGACAUCUGCAUCACGGCAAGACCUCCUUCAUGGACACGCUCGUGCAGCAGACCCACACGAAGGAGUGGCGGCUCGACCGCACCCUGCGCUACACGGACUACCGAACCGACGAGCAGCAGCGCGGCCUGUCGAUCAAGGCCGUGCCCAUGACCAUGCUCCUGCCCAACGGCAAGGACAAGUCCUACCUCCUCAACAUCAUCGACACACCCGGCCACGUCAACUUCUCCGACGAGGUCACCGCCGCGCUCCGCCUGUGCGACGGCGUGGUGGUGGUGAUCGACGCCGUCGAGGGCGUCAUGGUGCAGACCGAGCGCAUGCUGAGGCACGCCGCGCAGGAGCGGCUGCCCGUGGUCGUGCUCAUCAACAAGCUCGACCGCCUCAUCCUCGAGCUCAAGCUGCCGCCCGCCGAAGCCUACUACAAGCUGCGACACACGCUCGACGAGGUCAACAUGAUCAUGGACACCUGCUACCCCGGCGGCGGAGCGCCCCGCAUCUCGCCCGAGCGCGGCAACGUUUGCUUCGCGAGCGCGCUCAUGGGCUGGUCCUUCAGCCUCCACUCCUUCGCGCAGAUCUACUCCGAGACCCACGGCAGCACCUUCCGACCGGCCGACUUCGCGCGCCGGCUGUGGGGCGACGUCUACUUCCAGCCCGAGGACCGCACCUUCAAGCGCAAGCCGCCUCCCGGCGGCGGUAUGCGCACGUUCGUGCAGUUCGUGCUCGAGCCCCUGUACAAGAUCUACGCCCAGGUGGUCGGCGAGGACAAGCCGGCGCUCCAGCGCACGCUCGACGAGCUGGGCGUGCAGCUGCAGAACAAGGACUUCCACCUCGACACCCGACCACUGCUCAAGCUCAUCCUCACGCAGUUCUUCGGCAACGCCACCGGCUUCGUCGACAUGUGCGUCGACCAUCUGCCCUCGCCGACCGACGCCGCGCGCGUCAAGACCGAGCACAUCUACACGGGACCGCUCGACACCGAAGUGGCCUCGGCGCUCGUGCGCUGCGACACCACUGGCCCGCUGAUGGUGCAGGUGACGAAGCUCUACCACAAGGCCGACCUGUCGGCCUUUGAUGCGCUCGGUCGCGUGUUCAGCGGCACGAUCCGCACGGGCCAGCGGGUCAAGGUGCUGGGCGAGGGCUACAGCAUGGACAACGAGGAGGACAUGGCCGAGCGCGAGGUCACCAAUCUGUGGGUGUUCGAGGGCCGCUACCGUAUCCCCGUCAAGAGCGCGCCGGCCGGCACGUGGGUGCUCAUCGAGGGCGUCGACUCGUCGAUCAUGAAGACCGCGACGAUCGUGGAUGACAACAGCGCGGAGGACGAGCUGUACGUCUUCAAGCCGCUGCGCUUCAACACUGUGGCGACGAUGAAGAUCGCGGUGGAGCCGAUCAACCCCGCCGAGCUGCCCAAGAUGCUGGAGGGCCUGCGAAAGGUGAACAAGAGCUACCCGCUGCUGACGACCAAGGUGGAGGAGUCAGGCGAGCACGUGAUCCUGGGCACGGGCGAGAUCUACCUCGACUGCGUCAUGCACGACCUCAGGAACCUGUACUCGGAGAUCGAGAUCAAGGUGGCCGACCCGGUGGUCACCUUCUGCGAGACCGUCGUGGAGACCUCGUCGCUCAAGUGCUUCGCCGAGACGCCCAACAAGCGCAACACGCUCACCAUGCUCUCGGAGCCCAUGGAGAAGGGCCUGGCCGAGGCCAUCGAGAGCGGGGCGCUCCUGAACACCAAGUGGAACAGCAAGGAGUUCAUGGGCUUCUUCCGCGAGCGGUUCGAGUGGGACGUGCUCGCCGCGCGAUCCAUCUGGGCCUUCGGCCCCGAGCCCCUCACGGGACCAAAUAUUUUGGUCGACGACACGCUGCCCGAGGAGACCAACAAGGCGCUCCUCUCGUCGGUGCGCGACUCAGUCGUGCAGGGCUUCCAGUGGGCCACCCGCGAGGGUCCCCUGUGCGAGGAGCCCAUCCGCAACGUCAAGUUCCGCCUCCUCAACGCCCAGCUCGCCCCCGAGCCCAUCCACCGCGGCGGCGGCCAGAUCAUCCCCACCUCGCGCCGCGUCGCCUACUCCUCGUUCCUCCUCGCCACCCCGCGCCUCAUGGAGCCCGUCUACUACGUCGAGAUCCAGGCCCCCGCCGACUGCGUCGCCCCCAUCUACACCGUCCUCUCCCGUCGCCGCGGCCACGUCACCCAGGACGAGCCCAAGCCCGGCACCCCGCUCUACACCGUCAAGGCCUACAUCCCCGUCAUCGAGUCCUUCGGCUUCGAGACCGACCUCCGCGCCCACACCCAGGGCCAGGCCUUCUGCGUCUCCGUCUUCGACCACUGGGAGAUCGUACCCGGCGACCCCCUCGACAAGUCCAUCGUCCUCCGGCCGCUCGAGCCCGCCCCCAUCCCCUCCCUCGCCCGCGAGUUCAUGGUCAAGACCAGGAGGAGGAAGGGCCUCUCCGAGGACGUCUCCGUCAACACCUUCUUCUCCGAGGAGAUGCUCCUCCAGAUGGCCGCCCAGGGCAUGUAG